AUGCUGUUUAUUAAAGAGGAGAGUGAAGACAUGAGGAUUGAAGAAGCAUUCAGAGUCAAACAUGAAGAUACUGAGGAACAAACAGACCUGAAAGAGGAGCAUGAAGUACUGAAUGAAAUGCAAGAUAAGGAUCAUUAUAAGAAACAUCAUGAUUUCAAAACUGGACAAAAAUCAUUUAGUUCAAAGAGUGCAAAGACUUCCUCAGGAAAAAGAGCUCAAAAGACUGAAACUAGAAGUCAUUUCACCUGCCAACAGUGCGGAAAGAGUUUUGAACAACGAGGAAAACUUAAAGUCCACAUAAGAAUUCACACCGGAGAGAAGCCCUACACCUGUAAACAGUGUGGAAAUACUUUCAAUAAAAAAGGAAACCUUAAAAAACAUAUGAGAAUGCACACUGGAGAGAAGCCUUACACCUGCAAACAGUGUGGAAAGAGUUUCAGUCAACAAGGAAAUCUUAAAGUCCACAUGAAGGUUCACACCGGAGAGAAGGCUUACACUUGCAAACUUUGUGGAAAUAGUUUCAUUGAAAAAGGAAACCUUAAAAGGCACAUGAAAAUUCACACUGGCGAGAAGCCUUACACAUGCCCUCAAUGUGGAAAGAGUUUUACUCGACAAGGAAGCUUUAACAUGCACAUGAGAAUUCACACUGGCGAGAGGCCUUACACAUGCCCUCAAUGUGGAAAGAGUCUUACUCGACAAGGAAACUUUAACAGGCACAUAAGAAUUCAUACCAAAGAGAAGCCGUUCACAUGCUCACAGUGUGGAAAGCGUUUCACUCAGCAAGGCAACUUUAACAGGCAUAUGAGAAUUCACAAUGAAAAUAAGCCAUUAAUAUGCCCUCAGUGUAGAAAGAGUUUUACGCAGAAAAAAACCCUUAAUGCCCACAUGAGAAUUCACACUGGAGAGAAGCCUUUCACCUGCCCUCAGUGUGGAAAGAGUUUCAGGCUCAAAGAAAACCUUAGGACUCACAUGCGGAUUCACACUGGAGAGAAUCCAUUCACGUGUGGUCAGUGUGGAAAGAGUUUC